CUACUAGAAUCUAGCAUAUUUCUAAUGUGAGAUAGAUUGAAAGGACAACAGACCAACAUUUACAAACUAACCAAGUAAAUGAAGCUCCAUUUGUUCUGUGAUUGGCUUCCUUUGCUUCAAUUUCUAAUGGGCGGGCAGGCAAGAAACAGGUGAUCAGUUUUGAAAGAAGCGGUGAGCUCAUAAACUCUGUGAAAGGGAGGCCAUAAAGCAGUGAAUGAUAACACCCAGAUUCUCCGAAGAUUGGCUAUAGGUCUGCUUCCAGAAUGCUGCAAGGAGGUUUCACCACAAUCCAAGAAUGGUUGGAGCAAUCCUGGCCUCAGGAUAAAAUCCAUCUUCAUACUGUUGUGGUCCUGACCUGUGGUUCAGCUGUAGCUUAUUUGGUCCUGAAGUGGUUAGGCCAGAAAAAGAUUAAAAAACAAAUAGAAGAAACAAGAAGAGAGAGGGACCAUGGCUUGGUACAAAUGGAAAAAUCAGUGCAGGCAUUUAAACGUCAGAACCCUAGCGUAGCAACUGAUGACAUCCUUUCUCUGCCUCUGGUAGAACUGAUUAAGAAGCUGAAGGAAGGCACUUUAUCUCCAGACACUGUCCUUUAUACCUAUAUGGAAAAGGCUUUAAUACUCACCAGGGAGGUGAACUGUGUGCGCCAUUUUAUUCCAGAAUGUGAGCCGUAUCUUCAGCAACUGAAAAAGCAGAAGGAGAAGGGUUUAUUGUAUGGGGUACCUGUCAGCAUCAAGGAUCACAUUGGAUACAAGGGUCACUUGACAACUUGUGGCUUUUCUCAUUUUCUUGAUGUGGAAGAAGAGGACAGUGUGUUGGUCAAGGUAUUAAAGAAGCAGGGAGCAAAUCCAUUUAUAUUCACCAAUGUGCCUCAAUCUUUAUUCAACUAUGACUGCAGCAACCCAGUUUUUGGGCAGACUGUGAACCCUUUUGAUCAUAAGAGAGGUCCUGGAGGCUCAUCUGGAGGGGAAGGAGCACUAAUUGCUGGAGGAGGUUCCAUCUUGGGAUUUGGAACAGAUGUGGGUGGAAGUAUCCGCCUACCCUCCAGCUUCUGUGGUAUUUGUGGGCUGAAGCCAACUGUAGGUAGAUUGAGCAAUUCUGGAUUAAAGGAGCCUUUUCAUUUUUCAGUUUUAGGAACACUAGGACCAAUGGCAAGGGAUGUGGAUAGUCUUACUCUGUGUAUGAAGGCUCUCUUAUGUGAUUACAUGUUUCAGCUGGAUCCCACCGUGCCGCCUAUGCCAUUCAAUGAAGAGGUAUACUCAAGCUCUACACCUCUACGGAUUGGGUAUUAUGACACAGAUGGCUAUUUCUUGCUCCCACCAUGCAUGAGAAGGGCUGUGCAUAAAACCAGGAAGCUUCUUCAAGAUGCUGGUCAUACACUAGUUCCCUUCAACCCACCUUCUGUAGAUUAUGUCAUAGAGGAACUUUUUCUGAAAAGCAUUUUUGCUGAUGGAGGCUCAACUCUGUUGUCUUUGUUUCAAACAGAUAUAGUGGAUCCAAGUUUGAAAACCCAAGUGAAAAUCCUUAAAAUCCCAAAGUUGGUGAAGAAAGGUUUGGCCAAGAUCAUCAAGAUCUGGUUUCCCCGACUGGCUGGGCAUCUGAAUGCACUGUGUGGAAUGAGGACUGUGAAGGACCUAUGGGAGAAUGAUAGCAAACUGAUGGUCUAUCGUAAAAAGUUUAUUGAGCAAUGGAGGAAAAGCAAGCUUGAUGUUGUCCUGUGCCCAGUUCUGGGUCCUGCCUUCAUUCUUGGAUAUCCUUCAAAACUACUUGCGGCUAUCUCUUGUACUAUGCUGUACAAUGUUUUGAACUUCCCUGCUGGAGUUGUACCAGUCACCACAGUUACGGAAGCGGAUGAAGAAGAGAUGGUGCAAUACCAGGGACAGUAUGGUGACCCCUGGGAUAAGACCCUGAAAGAGGCAGUAGAAGGUGCUGUUGGGCUUCCUGUGGCAGUUCAGUGUGUAGCUUUACCAUGGCAGGAGGAAUUAUGCCUUCGGUUAAUGAAAGAAGUAGAGAUGCUGUCCAACAAAGAGCAACAGAAGAAAGUAAUCUGAUCCUGAUAAAUAAGCCAUUUGCAGAUCAAGGAUGAAAGAAUAUCAAGGAAUCUCUGCUAUAUAUAACAUGGCACAUGUUUGAUCCCAGAAUAUUCAUUGUUUUAUCAAAGGGAAGGGUGAUCUUUUAUCCAAGUUAUCCACUUCUACAAAUUGCUGUGAAAGGCUGGUCCU